AUGGCCAUUCUAUUAAGAACAGCAGCUCCAGUCUCGCGAGCAGCUCUUCGAAGACGAUUCCAAACAUUUACCAUUCCUCAAAUACAAUCUCGACCUGCCUCCACAAUGCCUCACAGUGUGCCAAAGCUCAACGAUCCGUCUUUGUUUAAGACAGACGUUGCAUACGUAAAUGGAGAAUGGGUGAAGGCAAAGUCAGGAAAGACUUUUGAGGUCUUUGAUCCAUCAUCCGGAAAACUUAUUGGAACGGCUCCCGAAAUGGAUGCUGAAGAUACCAAGAAAGCUAUAGACGCGGCCGCUGCCGCAUUCCCCUCCUUCCGAACGACUACCGGCCGCGAACGAUCAAAGAUGUUAAGAAAGUGGUACGACCUGAUGGUGGAAAACUCAGAGGAUAUUGCUAGACUCAUAACAUGGGAGAAUGGAAAGCCAUUGGCAGAUGCAAAGGGAGAGGCAACAUAUGCUGCGAAUUUCUUCGAGUGGUUCAGCGAAGAAGCCCCAAGAAUAUAUGGCGAUACGAUUCCGGCUUCAAUCCCUGGCAACAGGAUUGUCACCAUCAAAGAGCCAGUUGGAGUUUGUGGGCUGAUUACACCAUGGAACUUCCCGGCUGCUAUGAUUACUCGCAAAAUUGGACCUGCCCUUGCAGCUGGCUGUACAGUGGUAGCCAAAUCUCCAGGAGAGACUCCUUUCACAUCGCUCGCCCUUGCUGAGCUUGCUCAUCGUGCCGGAAUCCCAAAGGGUGUUGUUAAUAUAGUUAGCGCGUUAAAAAAUACCCUGGAUGUUGGCGAGGUUCUCACCACCUCACCUAUUGUCAAAAAAGUGUCGUUCACAGGAUCCACUGGUGUCGGAAAGCUUCUGAUGAAACAGUCAUCGUCUACAUUAAAGAAGCUGUCUUUCGAGCUAGGUGGAAAUGCCCCAUUUAUCGUAUUCGAUGACGCAGAUCUGGAUACUGCUGUUGCUGGUGCAAUUACGAGUAAAUUCCGAUCCUCUGGACAGACGUGCGUCUGUGCCAAUCGACUACUGAUUCAAUCCGGAAUUUACGAUUCUUUUGCCGAGAAAUUUGCUGCCAAAGUGGCAGAGUUUAAGGUGGGAGGAGGCUACGAAGAAGGUAUCACUCACGGCCCCCUCAUCCAUGAUCGAGCGAUAAGCAAAGUCGACGCACACGUCCGGGAUGCCGAGAAGAAGGGUGGAAAGGUAAUCCAGGGUGGUCAGAAGAUGCCAGAACUCGGAGAGAACUUCUUCCAGCCUACCGUUAUCACUGGUAUGACCACGGACAUGGCGCUUUCAAGUGAAGAAACGUUCGGCCCAGUCGCUGGACUCUUCAAGUUCGACACCGAAGAUGAAGUUGUAAAGAUUGCGAAUAAUACCGAGGUUGGUCUUGCUGGCUACUUCUUCUCCCGAGAUAUCCAACGCAUUUACCGUGUUGCGGAAGCUUUGGAAGUAGGGAUGGUGGGUGUGAAUACUGGGUUGAUCAGUGAUGCCGGCGCUCCAUUUGGGGGUGUGAAAGAGAGUGGGUUUGGGAGAGAGGGUAGUAAAUAUGGUGUUGGUGAGUACCAGACCAUUAAGAUGAUUACGUAUGGUGGGAUGGGACAGCCAUUACAGAAAUAG